CAUAAAAUCAUCAAACAUGAGAAGCGCAAAAUGUGUUAUAAUAUCACUCAUGUUAACAACUUUAUCAGUCUAUGGACAAACGUGUGACGAGAUAAGCUUAAAAAUUGACGAGAUAUCAAAAAAGCUCAACAAAGAUCAUGAAAAUUUAUCAAAUUUCCAAAACCAUGCAGACACAGAAAUAGCCAAACUUAAAUCAGAUAACAAUGAAUGUUUUUCAAAACUCAUCACUAGUCAUGCACAGUUUAUAAAGCAGUUGGGCUACAUGAAUCAAUGGAUUAACAGUUCUCGAACCAACAUCGAUUAUAAUAAUGUCAUAAAUGUGUCAAAACUAGUCGAAAUUGUCAAAUUCCAUAGUCCAAAAAUCAUAGAACUGAAUGAAACAACAACAUACUUAAAUCACAUCAUUAGAUAUUUUGACGUCAAGUUUCGAAUUCUAGAAAGACGUGCCAAAUUAAAGGAAAAUGAUGAGAAUUAUCAGAAAAAAUUUCAGGCACUCAAAAGUCAGAUGAAGAGUAUGCAAAUUAUGAUGAUUGCAAUUUUUGGAGUUUUCUUAGCUUUAAAGCUAAUGAUUAUCUGCAAAUGGUGUUGCUGUAUGAGGUUUAGAUUGACUAAGAAGGAUAAAGUUGAGGAAAUUGAAAUGAAAUACACAGCAAAGCCUAAUAAGCAUCCACAGUCAAAACAUCCUGAAGCAUCAGUUGCAUAUGUAAACAUUGAUUAUGAUACAAACAAAGCUGCAUCCAUCGGAAAAAGGAAGUAUUCAAAUCAAUUCCAAAAUGUUUCAGUCGGUACCAUUCCUAAAAUAACCAGUAAUCUGAAAACUGUCAAAGAUGAUGACUACUACAGCAAGUCGGCUGAUGAAUUCUACAAUGAUGCAGAAAAUGAUGAUCAGAUUUAUGAUACAUGCGAGCAUGAUGAUUCAAAGGGAAAUACACUUAGUCAGCAGAAAGUCCAGCAAGAUUUGAAUAAUUUCGAUUUUCCACCACCACCAAAUGACUUCCUUUACAGCAAAAAUUUAGAUGAGGAAAUUUACUAUGAUGAGUUUUAUGAUGGAUUGACUGACGAUACUGAAACUAUUUAUGAUAAUGUGGCACGUGAAUCUACAGGUGUGUUAAGUAGAGUUUCUAGAAUUCCCGUUCUGGUGAAAUUUAAAAAAUCCAGAACAGGAAUAAGUCAUGGUUAUGGAACUACUUGAUAUAUUUUUGAAAUAAUUUUAUCUUCUUCUUUAUUUUAGUUUAUGAGAAUUUUAAACUGUCAACUUCA